CAAGCUGCCAGGGAGACAUUUCUGUAGAUUGUAACAUUCAUUUUUAUACUUGAUUAUAAGAUUUUUUUCUCAAUUUUGAAAAACUAAUCAUUCUUUUUAUUUGCUUAUGUGGGAAGAUAAACAAAAAUAAUGGGAAGGCUUGGGAACUUGUUUAGUAAAAGAACGGGAAGUCUUCAGCUGUGGAGCUGAAAGGCAUUUCCUUAUUCAUAGUCAGUGUUGGAGAUCAAACUGUUCAGAUCCAUCAUGAAUGAAACACAAACAUCUGGAGAUGAAGAGUAUUUUCCAGACUGCAGGUCAGUUCAUCAGAAGAGAUCAGAAGUAGAGCUCAGCUGUGUGUCUAUAAAGAGCGACUGCUCUAUGGAUCCGCCAAUGAAGUUUAAGAGUGAAGAUAUACAGCCUGGACUCAGUUCAAUUCAUCAGAAGAGAUCAGAAGCAGAGUCCAGCUGUGUGUCUACGAAGAGAGAGACAUCAGUGAUUCAGUCUUUAGAAUUUAAGAGAAGAGUCCUCAACACACUUAGAUCAAAUCUGCUGAAGAAGUUUGAGUGUCUGUGUGAGGGAACAGCAACACAGAGAAACCCAACACUGCUGAAUGAGAUCUACACAGAGCUCUACAUCACAGAGAGUGAGAGAGGAGAGAUCAAUAAUGAGCAUGAGGUGAGACAGAUUGAGACACAAUCCAGGAGAGAAGCAACAGAGGACACAGCCAUCAAAUGCAGUGACAUCUUCAGACCUUUACCUGGACAAGACAAAGACAUCAGAACUGUGCUGACAAAGGGAGUCGCUGGCAUUGGAAAAACAGUCUCUGUGCAGAAGUUCAUCCUGGACUGGGCCGAAGAGAAAGAGAAUCAGGAUGUCCAGCUCAUAUUUCCACUUCCUUUCAAAGAAAUCAACUUUAUGAAGAGCAGAACACUCAGUCUUUCAGAUCUUCUUCACAUCUUUUUCCCUGAAAUAAAAGAAAUGAAAAUAUCCAGUGAUGAAUACAAAGUGUUGUUCAUCUUUGAUGGUCUGGACGAGUGUCGUCUGUCUCUGGACUUUAAGAGUAAAGUGAAACUGUGUAAUAUAUCUGAGUCAGCCUCAGUGGAUGUGCUGCUGAUGAACCUGAUUGUGGGGAAUCUGCUUCCCUCUGCUCUCAUCUGGAUCACCUCCAGACCAGCAGCAGCUGAUCUUGUCCCCUCUGAGUGCGUUCAUCGAGUGACAGAGAUACGAGGCUUCAAUGAGCCACAGAAGGAGGAAUACUUCAGGAAGAGGAUCAGUGAUCAGAGUCUGGCCGACAGGAUCAUCUCACACCUGAAGUCUUCCAGGAGCCUCUUCAUCAUGUGUCACAUCCCAGUCUUCUGCUGGAUCUCAGCCACUGUUCUUGAGAAGAUCUUGAGUCAAGCAGAGACUGGAGAAAUUCCCAAUACUCUCACUCAAAUGUACACACACUUCCUGAUCCUUCAGACCAACAUCAAACAUGAGAAGGACUAUGAGAAGAAUGUGACUGAUAAAGACAUGAUCCUCAAACUGGGGAAACUGGCUUUUCAGCAGCUUGUGAAAGGAAACUUGAUUUUCUAUGAUAAAGACCUGAAAGAGUGUGGCAUUGAUGUGACAGAAGCAUCAAUUUAUUCAGGACUGUGCACUCAAAUCUUUAGAGAGGAGCUGGGUUUGUUUAGGGGGAAGGUCUUCUGCUUCGUUCAUCUGUCCCUUCAGGAACAUCUAGCAGCUCUAUAUGUGUACCUCUCAUUUACAAUCAAGAAUAGAAAUGUGUUUGACCAAACCAAACAGAGUCUGUUGUCUAAGAUGUUUCACCAGAAGAAAUCUAAUUCACUAUCUGAGCUGCAUCAGAUAGCUGUAAACGAGGCUCUACAAAGUAAGAAUGGCCAUCUGGAUCUUUUCUUGAGGUUUCUUCUGGGUCUCUCAGUGGAGUCCAAUCAAACUCUCUUAAGAAAACUACUGAUCCAGACAGGAAGCUGUCCCUACAACAAAGAGAAAACAGCUUAUUUCAUCAGACAGAAGAUCACUGAGAAUCACUCUUCAGAGAAAUCCAUCAAUCUGUUUCACUGUCUGAAUGAACUGGGUGAUGAUUCACUGAUGCAGGAGAUCCAAGGUUAUUUGAAAUCUGGAGAAAUAAGAAAAACCACACUAUACACUUCUCAGUGGUCAGCUUUGGUUUAUGUGUUGUUGACAUCAGAGCAGAAGAUGGAUGUUUUUGAUUUAAAAGAGUUUAUAGGAGAACAACAUACAGGAGAUGAAGUUCUUCAGUAUCUGUUACCUGUGGUUAAAGAAUCCAGAUCAGUUCGGCUAUGUGGAUGCAAACUCACUGCUCAGUCUUGUGGAGAGAAAGGCUGUGGUUAUGUGUCUUCAGCUCUGACUUCAAACCCCUCACACCUGAGAGAGCUGGAUCUAAGCUACAAUCAUCCUGGAGAUUCAGGAGUCAAGCUGCUCUCUGAAAAACUGGAGGACUCAGCCUGCUCAUUGGACAAGCUGAAUGUGGAUCAUGGAGGAGAAUUCAGGAUUUCACCAGGAAUGAAGAAAUAUGGUUGUUUUCUCACACUGGAUGCAAACACAGCACACACUCGUCUCGGUCUGUCUGAGGAGAACAGAAAGGUGUCACGUGUGGAAGAGUAUCAGUCGUAUCCUGAUCAUCCAGACAGAUUUGAUCAUUGGGAGCAGGUGUUGUGUAGAGAGAGUGUGUGUGGACGCUGUUACUGGGAGAUCGAGUGGACUGGAGAUGUGCGUAUUUCAGCAUCAUAUAAGAACAUCAGCAGGAAGGGACGAGGUAAAGAGUGUGUGUUUGGAUCUGACGAUCAGUCCUGGAGUUUGUCCUGCUCUUCUGACAGAUACUCAUUCAGACACAAUAACAUAGAGACUGAUCUCUCUGUGAAGCCAAUCAGCAUCAGAGGAACAGAUUGGUAUGAUUUGGCAGGACUGUUUGAUGAUUAUGUUCAAUAUAUCAAUAGAGUAGGAGUGUUUGUGGAUGAGAGCGCAGGAACUCUGUCCUUUUACAAAGUCUACAGAGGUUCAAUGAGACUCAUCCACACAGUCCAGACCACAUUCACUCAGACCCUCUAUCCUGGGUUUACUGUUUGGUCUGGAUCCGUGAAACUGUGUUGCUGAAUCAGAAGAGACUGAUGAGAUUCUACCCAUAAUGCUUUGAUCUGCAUGAUGAAUCAGUAACAUUGAGAUGUUAUGAGUCUCUUCCAGACAUUAAUACUGCAGCUCAACUUCUGUCACUGAAAUAAGUAAAGAAAUGUGUCAUAAACACUCAAAUCAAUUUUGUUUUCAUGUCUCCUCAAACAUUUACUUUAUUUCUGUUCAAAUAUAAAAAUGUCACAAACAUGAGUGAAGAAAAUGCAAUUAAUUUAGGUGUUGUUUUUGAGAAGAAAUAAUAAAACAAUGACAGAUCAACUUGAGAUCAGACUUUAAUUGAUGUUUCAUCAUUCAUCAUGAAUAUAAUCGAUUCCUGACAAUGACAUUCUAAAAAUGUGAUAUUAAUCAGAAUUUAAUAAAAUAUAUUUUGUAACGACGCUAAACCCAUAUUGAUUGAUUAUAUUUCAAUAAAUGAAAACUGUAAGAAUAUAUUUGAAAAAUAUUAUUUUUUGACAGCAGAAUAUCAUCAUCAUUGAUCUUUUGCUACAACACAAUACAAUACUCCUACUUUGUGGAUUUCAUGUAAGUGUGUUUUCCACCACUAAUUAAAGAAAAAAUAAAUGAAUAGCAACUUUUACCUCACAAUUCUGUCUUUAUUUUCUCAGAAUUAACCCAACUUUCACGAACGUGUAUACACCAGAUAACACAGAUAAAUGCAUUUUUAUCAAAGUACUGCGUUUUCAAGCAAAAUACAUUCAGAUAUCAUGUUCUUUUAUUUGAAAAUUAUUACAUGACUAAUUCAAAUUGCAUUCAGUAACCAGAACAAACAGACACACU